AUGAGCACAUUUGAUGGAGAAAUUCGAGAAAUCCCUGGCGUAUAUGUCGAUAAUUUCAGUUACAAAGGGGGAGUGUUUUUUCUUACCCAUAACCACCUGGAUCAUUUAAAGAGUCUAUUGUCAAAUUCAUUUUGCGGUCGCGUGUAUUGUUCCCAAUUGACCAAAGAUAUUAUAGCGCUAGAUGGUCGCUAUUGUGAUAAAUUAAGGUACUUGGUAGUCAAGGAGUACAAUAAGCCAUUUGAAAUACAGACAUUUUGUACGUCGGUGACAGUGACAAUGUUGGAGAGUUAUCAUUGUCCUGGAUCGUGCAUGUUUUUAUUCGAAUGUGCCAAUGGGAUUUCAUGCCUUGCAACCGGCGACAUAAGAGCAGAAAAAUGGUGGGUCUCAUCACUCAUUAAGAACAGAUAUUUGUUUCCAUACAUCGCAGGGUUGAAAAAGCUUGAUCAGAUUUAUCUAGAUACCACCUUUUCAUAUCGCGGAGAGCCAUAUAUCUCAAUAUUGCCCAACAGUGAAGGAAUCAUGGCGCUAUUCGAGUUCCUAAAACUAUACCCGGUUGACAGAGAAAUUGAAUUUUCAUUUAUCGAUACAGUAUCGGGAUCAGAGGAAAUAUGGCUGCAGGUUUUAGAUCAUUUCAAUGGUACACUAGAUGCUGAUCCUUCAAUUAUUGAACGCAUGAAGUUACUCAACUACAAUAAUGGAAACUCAAACUCAAAAUUCACAGGACCUAUGGUUUUCAACAUUGGUAACUCGUACAAAGAUAGUCCACUAAUGAUCACGAUUAAGCAUUGCAUCGAUUUUAAUAUAGUAGACUAUGCCGGCUUUUAUCUCCCAAAAAAGCUUUGUGAUGUUGAUGCCUCCAAUCUCACCUUGAUUCGCAUCUUGAAUUCUGGGCACCAGAUUUAUUCAUACGACGGAAAAACCUGGCUACUACCUCUAAAUGGGAAAGAGCUACUACCUACAAACUUAAUGAUUAUGUUUUCUCGUCAUUCGUCCUACGAAGAGUUAAUUGAGUUCGUUAAACUAUUCAAACCGAAACUGGUCUUCCCCUGUGUUGAAUCGAAAGCAUCCUGGUUAAAUGGAUUCACGGUAGGGAGAGUGUUUGGCCGUGUUUGCUCCUCAUCGAAGCACUUGUUUGAUAUUGAAAACUUUAAGAAAUUCGGGCAGCCACUGCGCAUAGUGUUGGACCGACCAGUGUCAAAAAUAAAUCGGUGGUCGUUUGCUCAAUGCAUAGAGGAGGUCAAUUUUGUCAAGAAUUUUAUUACACAACCAGGACCAUUCAAAGGUCAAAUGAAGCCAGGCCAAGAUAGUGCCGCGCGAGAGUCAUGGUUUCAAGAUGUAAAUCUACAAUCAAUUAUAGCAGGGAGAGGCGAAGAAAAAUAUAAGCAAAUCAUCAAUUAUCAUUCAAAUAAUGAUCUACGUUUAAUUGUUUCCUCCGUGCAGGACAAACGCAAUCACAAAUUUGAUUCAGACACUGAAACAGAGUCCGUAUGCUCCACCGAUUAUGACACCGAUUCUCUGACGACGACAAACAGCUCAGUUAUUGCUUCAAGUUGCAAAUUCGAGAAGUCAUUUUCGGAGGUUCAAUCAAUGCCCGAUGGCAACUUCUUAUCGCCAAGUCUCAAUCUUCAUAAAAUCUCCAAAAUAUCGGAUGCCAUUCGGUUAGACCGAAGGUCUUGGAACUCAUUUAAACUUAAAUCAGUCAAUUCCAAAACACGUUGA